AUGGCUUUCAGUUCGCAAUUGCUAGCAUUGCCCCUGCCGUUCUCGUCAAGGGCUUACUCGCGGUCGUUGGCCAAUCCCGUGCCUGUGACUGUGGCUCUGCUGCAACGUCACCACCGCACCAUAUCUUUCACCAACACAAAUAAUAAUCCCUUCCCCUACUUGGACAAUAACCUUGCUAUUACAUCGGGACGAAAGAUAAGCCUCAUUCGAUGCUUCUCUGCUCUAAAUCCUGAGCUGAAGACUACCUUGGAUAAAGUUGUUACAUCACAAAAAGUAGUUCUCUUCAUGAAGGGAACAAAGGAAUUCCCACAGUGCGGAUUUUCAAACUCUGUUGUGCAGAUACUGAAAUCCUUGAAUGUGUCUUUUGAAGCGAUAAAUAUUCUAGAAAAUGAAAUAUUACGUCAGGGAUUGAAGGAGUACUCCAACUGGCCAACAUUUCCACAAUUGUACAUUGAUGGCGAGUUCUUUGGUGGAUGUGACAUUACUGUAGAGGCAUACAGGAGCGGGGAGUUGCAGGAACUGUUAGAGAAGGCAAUGUGCUCGUAA